CUUUUUGAGAGUGAACGUAGCAUAGUACAGUACAGUACUUACAAAUUAAAUCAAGUUGAGAACAGAGAUCCCCCAACUCCUCGAUCUGCUUUUUCAGAGACUUCUAAAAAUCUCUUGUUUGGAACCAAUGUUCCCUACUGUGUUAUUUCGGCCCUUCCGGCAGGACAAUUCCAGCAGGAAGAAGAGAAGUCAAAUCCACGUGGAAACAGAAUGGACCGACCUGCACCAAAUCCGAUCCUCCAUUCCGUUCAAAAGGGAUCCAGUGGUGUUUGAACAACCGACAGCCAACUUCUCUUUGCCAUCCCACGCCACCACCAGAAACAGAGGAGGGAUCAAGGCCAAGAAAAUGUCGACCAGGGUCUCCAACUUCACCGAUCUGAUCCAACGCGUCACCGCCAACUGCUUGCUCCACCCCCUCUCCGCCGGCCGCCAACAACCCGAUGAAAUCUCCGACAAUGACUCCUCCGCAGACGAUAAAUGCAAGACCGAAUCCGACGAGGAAGAUCGAGAAGACGACGGAGAUGAUAAGGUUGGGCUUAGGGUUUGGGAAAACGGGGAAAAACCGACGCCGGAUGCUAGUAAGGUGAUGGAGAUGGUAAUGCUGAUGGGGGAGGUGUUCGAGGCGGUAUCGGCGGCGAAGAGAGCGUACGUGAUCAUGCAGGGGGCGCACAGUCCUUGGGAUCCGGACAAGAUGAGGGCGGCGGACGCGGCGGUGGUGGCGGAGCUGCGGCGGUUGGGGGUUUUGAGGGAGAGGUUUAGGAGGAGUAGUGUGGGGAGGGAAUUGGUGCGUGGUGGUGGGAGGAGGAGGUUGGGGAACGGGGGAGUGACGGUGAGGGAGGUGGUGGCGCCGUACGAGGCGGCGGUGGAGGAGCUGAAGGGGGAGGUGAAGGCGAAGGAGAGGGAGAUCGAGAGUUUGAGGGAGAAGCUGAAGACGGCCACUAGCGUCAGCGGUGGUUCUGGUGGGGGGAAGAAGGGCAGGUCGAGUCAGUCGAGGAGGAAAGUCAGCUGCAGUAGUCAAGCUCAUGGUCAUGCUUCGCCGGCGCCGGAGCUAUUCGAGACCACCAUGGCUUCAGUAACCGAAUCCGGCAAGUCCUUCACAUCGCUCCUCCUCUCCCUCAUGCGCUCCGCCCACUGGGACAUCGCCGCCGCCGUCCGCUCCAUCGAAUCCGCCGCUACCCCCUCCGCCGACCCAACCGACACCACCACCCCUUCCCUCCUCGGCCCCCACCACGCCAAGUACGCCCUCGAGUCUUACGUCAGCCGCAAGGUCUUCCAGGGCUUCGACCACGAGACCUUCUACAUGGACGGCUCCCUCUCCUCCCUCCUCCGCCCCGACCAGUUCCGCCGCGACUGCUUCACCCAGUACCAGGACAUGAAGUCCAUGGACCCCGUCGAGCUCCUGGGGGUCCUGCCCACGUGCCACUUCGGCAAGUUCUGCUCCAAGAAGUACCUCUCGAUCGUCCACCCGAAGAUGGAGGAGUCCUUGUUCGGGGACCUGGAGCAGCGGCGGCAGGUGGUGGCCGGGGCACACCCGAGGAGCCAGUUCUACGGGGAGUUCGCGCGGCUGGCGAAGGCGGUCUGGCUGCUGCAUCUGCUGGCGUUCGCGAUGGAGCCGCCGCCAAGCCAUUUCGAGGCGAGCGUCGGGGCGGAGUUUCAUGCGGAGUAUAUGGAGAGUGUGGUGAGGUUUGGGAAAGGACGAGGAGGAGGAGGAGGGGGCGUGGGGCAGGUGGUCGGGUUCGGGUUGAGUCCCGGGUUUAAGCUGGGGAAUGGGUCGGUCAUCAAGGCCAGGGUUUAUUUGGUGCCCCGGAAGUGAGGCUGGGUCGGUGGUUGUUAGCGGGUCACGUGGAUGUAUUGAUAAAUGUACUAGUACUACUAGAUAGGCUCGAGUCGUGUGACUAGGAAUUAUUCCCUUUUCGAAAAAAAAUGAAGAAAAAAAGAGAGGCUAAAUGGAUCACUUUUGAAUGAUUGUUUGCCUUUUCCCCCCCCUUUGGAAUGGUCCUUUUUUGGUAGGUCUUGCUUGUUUCCACUAAGAAGAGAAACCUUGUUUUCUGCUUGAGAUAUUUUUCAAUUUAUAAUGUUUUUAUAUCAAAUGACAAAUAUGAUUUUAUUU